GAGAACACCAAUUACACAGCUGCAAUUGAGACUGUCUUUAAUCUUCUUCUCGAUUCAGUUGAUUUGGACGGAAAUGAAGCGAGAGAUAAAGUGAUUCUUUUCCUCACGGACGGUACACCAACAGAUGCUAACACUUCAACAAUCUUUGAAGCAAUUAUGAAUGGAAACACUAAGCUGAAAAACAAAGUUGUGAUACUUACUUAUGGUAUUGGUUCCGUUGCUACGGAUGAAAGCACACAACAAAUUCUGACAAAAAUGGCCAAUCAAACAAUAAGAGAUGAAACAAAUGGAAAAGUUAGGGAAGGCACUUUUACUGUUGUUGAAGACGCUUUAAAUCUUCGACAGACGAUGUCCUCCUAUUACCAGUAUUUCAGCAGGUCUACGUAUGAUUCACCAAUAAUUGCAACACCAUACAUAGAUGCAUUAGGCUUGGGUCUUGUGACGUCGAUAUGUUUACCGGUACAUCACAAAGGUACUAUCAAAGGCGUAGCAUGUGUUGAUAUGACAAUGACGGACCUGUUAACAGACAUCACGUAUUUCAAUGAUGGUGAUCAAGCAUAUGCAUUUAUGAUAGACAAUAAAGGUCGAACAAUUGUGCACCCAUCAUUACCCAGACCAUUCGUAAUGAAAAACGAUAUAUUGUUCGUCCCUAUUAGUAAUUUGGAAAGGACAGCUGCCAAAGAAGGAAUCAUUGAGGAAAUGAAACGCGGCACCUCUGGGAAAAGGAUUAUAGAAUCUGGUCGUGUGUU